ACACACACACACACACAGGGUCAGGUGGGCGGGGCUUUACAGCUGCAGUUGGACAGCAGGUUUUGUUAUUUGGUGUUUUUAUGUCAGAACCAGAACUUCCUGGCAGACUCUCUGUGGACUUUGGACCGGACUCAGUCCAGGAGGGAACAGAUCCAGGAACAGAUCCAGGAACAGAUCCAGAGGAUGAAAGCUUCAUGCUGAACAUCAUCACAACAUGACAUCAUCAGGCCAUGGUUACCCUCUGUGGCUCCGCCUCCUGCCUGCUCUCUGGCUCUGGUUUGCUGAACAUGUGAUCCAGUUGAGGGCCUCCCACCAGCACUUUCACCCCCACUCUAUAAAGAUACCUGGAGACAUCACACUGGGGGGGCUGUUUCCCAUUCAUGCCCGUGGCCCCCAUGGUGUGAACUGUGGUGAGUUGAAAAAGGAGAAGGGAAUUCACCGCAUGGAGGCCAUGUUGUAUGCUCUGGACCAGGUCAAUAGUGACCCUGGGCUGCUGCCCAACAUCACACUGGGGGCUCGAAUCCUGGACACCUGCUCCAGAGACACAUACGCCCUGGAACAGUCUCUCACCUUUGUCCAAGCACUGAUCCAGAAGGACACGUCUGACAUCCGCUGCUCCAAUGGAGAGCCACCAAUCAUCCGCAAACCAGAGAGGGUGGUGGGUGUGAUAGGAGCCUCAGCCAGCUCCGUGUCCAUCAUGGUGGCCAACAUCCUGCGUCUGUUUGAGAUCCCUCAGGUGAGCUAUGCAUCCACGGCUCCAGAGCUCAGUGACAACAAUCGAUACGACUUCUUCUCUCGGGUGGUUCCUCCGGACUCCUACCAGGCUCAGGCCAUGUUGGAUAUUGUCAAAGCUCUGGGCUGGAACUACGUCUCCACAUUGGCAUCUGAAGGAAACUAUGGUGAGAGCGGUGUGGAGGCAUUCAUGCAAAUCUCCAGAGAGGCUGGUGGGGUGUGUAUUGCUCAGUCAGUGAAGAUUCCUCGUGAGCCCACAGCUGGAGAGUUUGAUAAGAUUAUUAAACGUCUCAUGGAGACAAGUAAUGCCAGAGGGGUGAUCAUCUUUGCCAAUGAGGACGACAUCAAGCGUGUUCUUGAAGCAGCAAGGCGUGCUAACCUGACUGGACACUUCCUGUUUGUAGGCUCAGACAGCUGGGGAGCAAAGAGCUCACCGAUUGCAGAGCUGGAAGAUGUUGCAGAGGGUGCUGUCACCAUCCUGCCAAAACGAGCUUCAAUUGAUGGCUUCGAUCAGUACUUCAUGUCACGCUCCCUGGAAAACAAUCGCAGAAACAUCUGGUUUGCUGAGUUCUGGGAAGAUGACUUCAAGUGCAAACUAACACGUCCUGGAGUCAAACUGAGUCCAGACAAGAAGAAAUGUACAGGGGAUGAACGGAUUGGUCAGGAUUCAUCCUAUGAGCAGGAGGGGAAGGUCCAGUUUGUAAUUGAUGCAGUCUAUGCAGUUGCUCAUGCUCUGCACAACAUGCACCAGAACCUUUGUCCAAGCAGCCAUGGUGUUUGUAGCAACAUGGACCCUGUGGAGGGACGACUGCUGCUUGAUUACAUCAGAACUGUCAACUUCAAUGGAAGUGCAGGGACGAGUGUUCUAUUCAAUGAAAAUGGAGAUGCUCCAGGACGCUACGACAUCUUUCAGUUUCAGAUGACCAAUCACAGCCAUCCUGGUUACCAUGUGAUUGGCCAGUGGACCAAUAACUUGAGACUCAAUCUGGAGGAGAUGCAGUGGUCCGGAGGAGACAGAUCCGUUCCUGAGUCAGUCUGUAGCUUCCCCUGUAAAUCAGGCGAGAGGAAAAAGAUGGUGAAAGGAGUUCCCUGUUGUUGGCACUGUGAGCUGUGUGAUGGGUAUCAGUACCAGCUGGAUGAGUUUACCUGUCAGACCUGUCCAUCAGACAUGCGCCCUGCCCCUAACCGAACAGCCUGUCGUUCGACACCCAUCAUCAAGUUGGAGUGGAACUCCCCCUGGGCUUUAGUGCCUGCCACCCUUGCCAUGUUUGGUAUCCUAGCAACCAGUACUGUGGUGAUAACCUUCAUCCGCUUCAAUGACACCCCCAUCGUCAGAGCUUCAGGCAGAGAGCUUAGCUACGUCCUCCUGGCAGGUAUCUUUCUGAUCUAUCUGAUCACCUUUCUGAUGAUCGCAGAGCCAGGUGUAGUAGUGUGUGCAUUCCGCCGCCUCCUGCUAGGCCUCGGCAUGGCCAUCACUUACUCUGCCAUGCUAACCAAAACYAACCGCAUCUACCGCAUUUUUGAACAAGGCAAGAGGUCGGUGACCCCGCCCAAAUUCAUUAGUCCUACCUCCCAACUUCUCAUCACCUUUGUUCUCAUUUCUGUCCAGGUUCUCGGGGUGUUUGUGUGGUUUGCUGUGGUUCCUCCUCAUACCAUCAUUGACUAUGAGGAGCUCCGCCCCCCUAACCCGGACUUGGCUCGAGGAAUCCUAAAGUGUGACAUGUCUGACUUAUCAAUCAUCUGCUGUCUGGCCUACAGCAUCGUUCUCAUGGUAACAUGUACGGUGUAUGCGGUGAAGAGCC